GACUGGCAGCAGCAGCAGCAGGUGCAGAUUGGCUUGCGUCUGCAGGAGUUUGAGUGGUCUGCAGUGGAGGAGGUUCAGCUGCACCUUGAUGAACUCCAUGGGUCAGAGCUGACCAGUGACCAUAGUGGCGGUGGUGAGCAGCAAGUUUCUGGUCCUGCUGGAGAGGAGGGGUUGGAGGAUGAGUCUGCACGUGUGGACUCACCAACUCAGCCCGAGCCUGCUGCAAACGCCAAGGUCACCAAGAGGAGUGUGCAGAGAGGAGCUUCACCACAUGGGCAGCAGACUGCAACCCGCGAGAAGAGAGUGGCAGCAGCACCCUCAAGGCUGAAGUAUAGCCGUUUGGGAGGACCCAAGCAAGGUGCCAUGGCGGUUCAGGCGGAUGAGGGAGAUGAUGAGGAGAUGGCGUUCUGUUUCUUCACACCUCUGCCUGGAAAACCAGCCACAUUGGAGGAGGCACUGAGUGGACCCCAGAAGGAGGAGUGGAAGGCUGCCAUGGAUGCGGAGUUCAACAGUCUCAUUGAGAAUGGGACUUGGGAGCUUGCUGAGUUACCCGAGGGGCGACGACCGAUCAGCAACAAGUGGGUCUUCAAGGUGAAGAGUGGUGCUGAUGGUGCGUUGGAGCGGUUCAAGAGCCGUUUGGUCGCCAAGGGGUUUCAGCAGAAAGAGAAGGUCGACUUUGGGGAGAUCUUCGCUCCCAUUGCUAAGCCACCGGGUGUGCAAGCUUAA